GUGCGCAUGCCCUACAUCUUAAGUGACGCACGCUCUAUGGCCAUUGUUACGUUUUCCCCUUAGAUUUGUCUUAGAACCUGGACACUUUUUGCAGAACGUCUUUGACUUCUGAAUUCAUAUCAUGUCUUUGAAUAAUGAUUCUAUGGCUUCUUUGAAGGAGAUGUGGAAGCAAAAUUCCCCAGAACAAUCACAUGAAAACAGUUAUGCAAUGGAAAAUCAUCUUCAACAGAAUGGAGAACACAAUAUUGAAGGACAUAGCGAGGAUUCUGACCACACCCAUAGAGAAAAAGAUCUUGCUGUUCACGAUAAAAUGACGGUAAUAGAGCAAACUAUCAAAACACUCGGUGGAGAUCUAGAGGAUGUAAAGAACUUGAUGUUUAAGCUUCAGAAGAUAUUGAAAAGCGGAGACGAGGAGGACGAGUAUGCCUUCGGUCGGAAACAGUGUUUUUCAGAAGAAAGCUCCUGUGAAGUGUCAGUCAUUGAAGAAAAAGAGGGUAGAGACGUUGUUACGCGAUUACAACAAGAAGAUAACCCGACAUGUUCCGAGUCUUUAAGAGAAAGUUCGGCUGAGUCAUUAGAAAGCAGCAGUCAGUACUCUGGUCUUGUUGCGGAUAUCGAAGUUUUGAAAGACAAACUCGUUUCGCUCAAAAGAAAUCUCUCGCAAUAAUCAAGUGCUGAUGACUUCCAUGUUCCAUUUACUUCGACAGAACCGAAAGGCAUCUUAGACGUUAAAAACACCUCAAAUAUAAUAGUUGUGCUUAAUGAGGAUUGAUCUGAAUCAUUAAAAACUGAUUGUAAA